AUGAUAUUACUUGAGCCACAGACUGUCUAUCGUAUGAUAUCGGACAAGAGUGACAUCAAACAGAAAAAAAAAGAAAGGAAGAAAAAACAAUACAAAAAAAAACUAAAACGUACUGACUUUGAUAGAAAUGUUAAAAAGAAAUCCCCAGAAACUGCAUUCCGUUUAAAGACGUUAGCACCAAAACCAGAUGAGUGGAGAGAUGGUGGACGUUCAGUUUAUAAAACCCAGUGCAACACUAAAACAAAAAAAGCCAAGAGACAAAAAGAAUGUAACAAUAUUCGUCCCCACCAUCACCAACCUAUAGAGAAACUAACUUCGAUAAAACAAAUGGCACUUGAGAAAACUGUAAAACCAGGGACAGUAAAGAAAAGAAAACAAAACAUAAACCAACAAAAGGAAAAAUAA